AUGGAAUUCACAGUCCGAUUCAGGGUGCCGGCUACACUGCUUAAAAUCACGAACGAUAGCAAUGGCGACGCCAUUUCGCUGACCAGCGGCAGCAAUUCUAGCAGCAUUACCACCACCAGCAACAAUAGCGAUACUACCAAAUCAGCACCGGCGACCCACGUGGAUUAUUCCAUAUCCGUUAGUCCGCAGGAGCCGCUCCAAUCAGCGUUCAACAGGCUGUUCCAUUCCCACCUGCCGCACUGCUGCCUGCCAAGUCAGCAGACACGUCAGCAGCAGGAUGGUGUGGAUAAGUCUGGUGAGCAAAAGGAUCCGUCAGACGAAGAGAAGCAGGCUGUUCGGUUUAUGGCUGUUGGUCAAGUGGUGUACCUAUCGCCUGAAGCAUCAGCGGAAAAGGCCAAGCUUAAAGGGGGUGGGUGGGGAAGUGGAGGAGGAUUGCUUUGGAUCGAUUCUGGUGCAGGUGCUCGGAGUGAAAGGAAAGAAGGAGCUGGAGUCGGGGUUUCUGCUCAUGUGCUGCCUCUGCUGCCUGGGGGAAGACGGGCACACGGGGGUAUGAGAGGGGGGGUGGGGAGAGGAGCUGGAGUAGGAGGAGGGUUUGGUUGGGUGGAAGGGGGAGAGGAGUGGAGGGAGGGGUUGAGAGGGGUGGAGUGGGAUGAGUAUGUGGAGCGUGUGGGGGAGAUUAUCUCCCAUGGAGGGCUGGAGGCUGAGAAAUACAGCUGCAGCUGCAGGCAGUGCGGAGGAGAACACGAGGGCGCAGGGGGGAGUGGGGAUGGGAGCAGCAGGCAUCUUGGCAGUGGCACUGCUGCUGCUGGUGCUGGUGCUGGUGCUGCUGGUGCUGCUGGCGCUGCUGGUGCUGCUGGUGCUGGUGCUGGUACUGCUGCUGAUAUUGGUGCUGGUGGCAUGGUCGUAACUGGCCUGGACCCGACUGACUUUGCUCUCCGGGCUGCAUUCACGCUCUGCAUACCGCACGCUGCCUUCUAUGGCGUUCAGGCGUUUACUGGGGCGUGCAGUAACAGGUACAAGGAACGCGUAGAGGACGCUGCUGUGGAGGCAGCCAGGCAGCAGCUGGCAGAGAGGGCUGCAGAGAGGGCUGCAGAGAGGGCUGCAGAGAGGGCUGCAAAGAGGGCUGCAGAGAGGGCUGCAGAGAGGGCUGCAGAGAGGGCUGCAGAGAGGGCUGCAGAGAGGGCUGCAGAGAGGCCGGCAGAGAGGGCUGCGGAGAGGGCUGCAGAGAGGGCUGCAGAGAGGGCUGCAGAGAGGGCUGCAGAGAGGGCUGCAGAGAGGGCGGCAGAGAGGGCAGCAGAGAGGGAUGCAGAGAGGCCGGCAGAGAGGGCUGCAGAGAGGGCUGCAGAGAGGGCUGCAGAGAGGGCUGCAGAGAGGGCUGCAGAGAGGCUGGCAGAGAGGGCUGCAGAGAGGGCUGCAGAGAGGCCGGCAGAGAGGGCUGCAGAGAGGGCUGCAGAGAGGCCGGCAGAGAGGGCUGCAGAGAGGGCUGCAGAGAGGCCGGCAGAGAGGGCUGCAGAGAGGGCUGCAGAGAGGCCGGCAGAGAGGGCUGCAGAGGGGGCUGCGGAGUCUGGACGGGGGAGUGUGGCGGAGGGGGGAGACGCAGUCAACACUGACAUAAAAGUGGAGGAUCAAGAAGCAGAGAAGCCAGCAGCAGGAGGAGUAGCAGCAGCAGUAGCAGCCGUAGUUUCUUCCCCUUCCCCUGCUCCACCUACUCCUGCUGCUGCUGCCAAUAGUACGGCAAGCAGCCGUGCUGCACGCCUCGUGCCAGUCAUAAGUGACCCAGCAGUGGCACUCUUCACGCACCGAGCUGCCUGCCUCCUCCAAUGGGUGCGAGUGCAUGGCCCCAGGCUCAACCCCCCCAGCUACUGCACUCAUAACCAACCGGAAGCCCCAGCCCUGGCUCUGCCGCACCCGGUGCACGACCUCCCGAGCCUGCUGAUCAGGUUCGGAGCCAUCCCCAGGCCUCUGGGGGUAGCAGGCUCGGAGGGUUCUUCACUGCAGGAGUUUGGUGUGGCAGGAGGGGUUUCGGGGUGGGAGGAGUUUCCAGUGGGGGAUAGAGAGGGCCUGAAGGCGCAUGGCAGUGGCUGUGCUCUGGGAGGCAGGGAGGAGGCACAAGGGGUAGGAGGGGUGGGAGAAGGAACCCCUUGGCCUGUGAGUGGGGAGUUCUUGGGGGUAAAUACCUUCCAGACAGGCAGUUUCCGGGACUCGGUGUUCGACCGAGAAGAGAUGCUGAAAGAAUUCAACAUUGGAUCAGCCAAGGGUCUUGAAGAGAGGGGGAAUGCCACGAGCCCAGUGGAGGGCGUGCAGGAGUAUCGAGCAGCCAAGGCGCUAAGUGACAGCAGCAUGCACACUCCCGCGUUCCCAACCCUUGCGGACCGCGUCGAGGCGUUUCUGAGAAGGUUCUCGCCGAAGCGGCAGGAAAAUGAGGGGCGCGGCGGGCCGCUGGCACGAGCGAUCACCGACUGGGUGCUGCGACUCAACCUGGUGGGGGCAGAGACAACAAACACCAGCAGCAGCAGCAGCAGCAGCGCUAGCAGGAGGGCGAAGGGAGGGAGAAGGGACAUGAGCUGGGCGGCGCUGGCCCUGGGGGCGUAUUCCCCGGGCAAGUUAAAGCCCAUGCUGAGAUCCGCCCAGGAGGUAGACGCGUUUCUGGAGUUCAUGGCGGCCAUGACCACCCUCACGCCCGCCUGCAACAGCUGCAAGGAGUGCCUUUCUGUGUUCAACUGA